AUGGAUGGCAGUAAAAUCCGCUGGGGGAUCGUUUCUACAGCAAAGAUCGGCCGGGAAAAGGUCAUACCGGGGAUACAGGCUUCGAAGACCGGCGUUGUCGCGGCGAUCGCCUCCCGCAAUCGCGACAAGGCGGGUGAAAUCGCCGGAGAACUCGGUAUCGAAAAGGCCUACGGGUCCUAUGAAGAGCUUUUUGCCGAUCCUGACAUCGACGCCAUUUACAAUCCGCUGCCCAAUCACAUGCAUGUGCCGGUAACGGUCCAGGCAGUCGAGGCCGGCAAGCAUGUGCUUUGCGAGAAGCCGAUUGCCCUCAGCGCGGAAGAUGCAUCGACGCUGCUUUCGCUGCCGAAGGACAGGCUCAUAGCGGAAGGCUUCAUGGUUCGCGCACAUCCGCAAUGGAUCCGGGCGCGUGAAAUCAUCCGCUCCGGUGAACUUGGCGACCUCCAGGCAAUCCAGGGCUUCUUCAGCUUUUUCAACGACGACCCGGACAACAUUCGAAAUCGCGCGGACAUGGGCGGUGGUGCCCUGAUGGAUAUCGGCUGCUACACCAUGCUUGCGGGCCGUUACUUCUUUGAAGCCGAACCGCAACGUGUGGUUUCGUUAAUCGACCGCGAUCCGGAAUUCGGCACCGACAGGUUUACAAGCGCCAUGAUGGACUUCGGAUCGGGACGUCAGCUCACAUUCACGGUUUCGACGCAGCUGACACCAUUCCAGCGGCUUCAGUUGGUCGGGACGAAGAAGCGCCUUGAAAUCCCCAUUCCAUUCAAUUCGCCUCAAGGUGACGCAUCCGAAUUGCGGCUUGAUGACGGGUCGGAGCUUGGCGAUGGUUCGGUUCAGCCGGAAGCGAUUGCACCAUGUGACCAGUAUGCCGAACUGGCUGAUGUUUUCGGCCGAGCCAUCCGCGGGGAAACAACCCUCACCUACGGUGUCGAAGACGCGCUGCAGAACAUGAAGAUCCUUGAUGCGAUUUUUGCGUCUGCCGAGCGUGGUGGAUGGGUUGACGUGACUUGA